AUGCCUCUUGCGAACAUUGCUCCUACAUCGGGCACUUUUGCAAAUUCGGGGCCAGCCGCGCCGCCGCGUUCCAUUCAACCUCCUUCACCAGUCUCUUCAUUCAACACCUACUGUCCCGGAGGCAGAGUCUACUACUUCAACGCCAACACCCAAGAGUCCACCUAUGUCCGUCCUCUCCCCAUCUUCCCGGGCGUCCUACCUCCGGCAUCACAACCCCGGGCACAGCAGCAGCAGAAAAAGGACAAGCCGCUCGUGAAGACGCCUAUACCAGGCACUGAAUGGAUUCGCGUGAAGACGACGCAGGGGAAUUUGUUUUAUACGCAUAAGGCGGAGAAGAGGAGUGUGUGGAGUGUGCCUGAGGAUAUUAAAGAGGCUGUGGAGGCGCUUGAGAAGGAGGAGCAGCAGAGGGAGGAGGAGGAGAGGACGAAAGCGCAGAGGGAGAGGGAGGAGGAGAUUGAGAGGAUUAAGCGGGAAGUGCAGGAUGUUGUGAAGAGGAAGGCGGUGGAUGAUGUGCCGGUGGAUGAGGUCGUGGUCUCGAAGAAGGCGAAAGUUGAGGAUGAGGAGGAUGAAGAAGAAGACGAGGACGAAGACGAAAGCGAGGAGGAGGAAUGGCAGAGGGAGGCGGCUGCACAGCUGGCCGCUGAGGCUGAGGAAGAGAAGCGGUUGCGCGAGGAAGAGGAGAAGAGGAUAGCUGAGGAAGAGCAGAAGGCGAAGGAGAGCGUCCCACAGUUCAACAUGCCUCAACGUGUCGACCUGUCGAUAGAGGAGGGAAAGGCUCUUUUCAAGACCCUUCUCCGGGAGAAGAACAUAAAUCCUCUCCACCCAUGGGAUACUUCUUUACCACUCUUCAUCUCAGACCCGCGAUAUGUCCUACUCCCCUCCGUUUCAGCUCGUCGAGAGGCUUUCGACGAAUACUGCCGUGAUCGUGCACGCGAACUACGACAAUCCAAAGUUAAGCAGGAGAAGGAAGACCCGAAGGAAGAGUUCGAGCGUCUUCUCCGCGAAGAAGUCAAGAGCACACGCACGAGCUGGAGUGAUUUCCGCAGAACGUGGAAGAAAGACCGUAGGUUCUAUGGCUGGGGCAGGGACGAGCGCGAGCGGGAGAAGCGGUUCAGGGAGUUCCUUAAGGAACUUGGAGAAAAAAAACGUGCUGCUGCUCAGAAAGCCGAGGCGGACUUCUUUGCGUUGCUGAAGGAGAGUGGAAUCGCUCAAGCAGGGUCCGUGUGGAAAGACGUCAAACGCAAGGUGCAAGAUGACCCUCGUUAUGAUGCCGUGGGCUCGUCAUCCCUCCGAGAAGAGCUCUUCAGCACUUUCCUAAAAGCCCAAUCGGCCAACACGACCCCACCAGCAGAAUCAAAAGCCACUCCGAACUCGAGCAAGGCAGACGAUCACGAGGCAGAACAAGAGAAGGAGAAGAAGAAGAGAGAAAAGAAAGAGCGCGCUGUGAAGGAACGCGAGGAAAAAAUCAAAGCUGAACAGAGACGCGUCGAGGCCGAUAUCAAUAAGUCCAGGAUGGGACUGAACAAGGAGGAAGGCGAGCUGGAAUUCAGAACGAUGCUGACAGAUGCGAUUCGUGACCCACUGGCAACAUGGGACUCCUCACUUUCCCAACUCAAAACGGACCCGCGGUUCACGAACUCGCCUCUACCCAUCAACCACCAAAUCCACCUCUUCACAACUCACAUCUCCGCCCUCCGCCAAAAACACAUCUCGAACCUACACGCCCUCUUCACCUCGCACGCCCCCUCCCUCGCCACAUCCUUCUCCUCCCUCCCCCCGUCCACACUCAGCUCCAUCGCUUCCUCCCUGCCCGCGCAGAAGCUCGGGUUCGACUCUGACUCGGAGCGGGGAGGAAGGGGGGAAAGGGGAUUGGAGGACGAGUUUGAGGGGUGGCAGAGGGAGAGGACGAGGGAGGCGAGGGUGCAGUUUGGGGAGAUGUUGAGGGAGAACUCGUUUGUGCAGUUUUGGGCGGGCUUGGGCAAGAUGGGGGGUGAGGGCGUGGAGGGAGGUGUGAAGAGGGAUGAGACGGGGGUGGGGGAGGAUGAGGGGGAGGCUGGGGGAGGGAAUGUGGAUAUGAAGGCGUUGGCGAAGAGUGUGGAUAUUAGGGAGAUUGAGAAGGUGUUGAAGAAUGACAAGAGGUAUAUCGUGUUCGAUCACGUUCCAGAGCAGAGGGAACGGUGGUUGAGGGAGUAUCUCUCUAACCUGCCGCCACCGAAGCUCUCGGUUCAUCUGGGCGAGUAG